AGUACAAUGAUUUUUGGAUAUCAAAUACAUUCGUUGACAGAGAUGUUUGAGUAACUGAGGGCGCUUCCAGACAAGAUUCAAAUCCAUGCCAAAGCGGGUUUAAAUAACUCGCUUCAGUUUGGAUUUGUGUCCCCACUGCCCCAAAAAACCCGGGCUUUCCCAGGGGUGUGUAUGGCUACGUACUGUUCCAAUUAAAAUCAGGAUGGCAUGCAGCCACCCCGAAGCCCUCCAAUUUACCCCUAAAAGUUAAGUAAAAGGCACCUUGCCACCAUGAUAUCCUUCCUUGUGCCAGGAGGUUGUGAGAAAAUGAUGUGCCAGGAGACUGGGGGAGGGGGAGAACAUGAGGAGAUAACUUAUGGCAGACAGGUAUGUUUUACUUAACUUUUAGGGGUAAGUGGAGGGCUGGGGGAGGGGGUGGAAGCCAUUCUGCACGAUUGGGCUUUAGGAGCCCAAAAGUUUCAGAAUGGCAAUGGGCACUCACCCCUGGGUAAUCCCAGGACAACUCGGAAAUGAAUCCCCACAUGCCCCAUGCCCCAUCAGACCCAGGCCUUUCAGGAAGGCCCUGAUCUAAUGGGGUAUCAAAUUAAUUUGGAACAUGGCUAUGUCUUUGUGUGAUAUAUGAUGUUAGUAUAUGUGAUGUGUUUAAUAAUGUUUAAUUUUUAUUAGUGGAGGGUCAACUUUGAUGUUUUAUGCUGUUUUUAUCAAGGGAAUUGAAUUGUUGCCAACACUGUGAAUCGCCCUGAGUCCCCUUCAGGGUUGAGAAGGGCGGUAUAUAAAUACAGCAAAUCAAUAUAUAAACAAACCAGGGAAAGCUUUGUUUGUUCUGAAUUAAUCCAUUUUUACUAGAGGCAUCAUUUGGACACCUCCGCUAAAAACUAAGAAAGGAUAGGCCCUGAGACAACUUGUUUGCAUAGAUUUGCAUAUGAUAUAUGGUUGUCUCUGAGCAUGAUUAAUUUGAUGUUUUACAUAAGCUAGAGCUUGAAAAUAAUAUACAACCCAGUUCCUUGCCUGAGGCCACAUACAUUCCUGUGAAAUUCCUUCUUCACUAGAACAAUAUCAGAAGUGGGAAUAAUGAGGCCCUCUAGAUAUUGUUGAACUAGAACUCUUUGCAAUCCAUGUCAUCGUAUCCCACCAUGAUAAAUGCUGGGAUCGACAGUCUUGCAAAAUCUGAAGGACAAUAUAAUUUCCACUCUAUGCUUUAAAAAUCCAUAGCAGAGAACCUCCUUAUGUUUUUAUUGUAAGGGAGAUUUGUACAUUUAGAUAGUGGAGUCUAAUAUGUGGGGUAUAUAUUUGGGUUCCAUAAUAUUUAUGGAGUAGUCUUGACUAGUCAUGCAGUCUAAAUUGUAACUCCUUUUUUCCAAUUUUUUGUUACUUCUAAUGACCUCAUUGUGGUGAAUCUGGCAGUGUCCGGUGUGGGAACCCCAUCACCCCAUGCCCAACAUUGCCCGACUCACCAGUUGCUCCACCCCAUAGGGGGAAGUGUCAGUUACCUAGCUUCCCCCCAUUGUUUCAAAUGCAACACAGGAAGCCUCCAUUGUAAAACUAUAGAUCUGGCACAUGCCGCUGAAAAUAAGCCUGUCUGAUGAGGUUGUCAAUGAGUCUAGGUAAAGUGGUAAGUGUGGGGCAAGGGGAAGUUGCAUGGUGAAUGGAUGGACUGACUGUAUUCUCUUAUCAACAUAAACUGUCUGUAUUUACUUUUAUACCACAAAAUUAACCUAGAAGAAGGCUAAACAUGGAUAAGUGAUGGAGGGGGGAAUUGUGAUUGGCAAUUCCCUUUGAUGAAUUUUAGGACAGGACAGCUGGUGUUAUUUGUGUGCUUGAUUAUAUCAUUUACAUUUGAACAGGUCCCAGUGGUAGCUAUUAUGGCAACAGGAGGAGGCCUUAGGGCUAUGACAGCGUUGUAUGCUCAUCUUUUAGCAUUGCAGAAACUGAACCUGUUAGAUUGUGUUUCAUACAUCUCCACUGCUUCUGGAUCAACGUGGACUUUGACAGAUUUGUACCGAAAUGUUGACUGGUCACACAAAGACUUGGAAGAACCCAUUAAAAAAAUUAAAAAACAAAUGAUGAAGAGCAAAGAAAAUAUUAUUUCCAUUGAACAGCUGAAGUAUUACCACAAGGAGUUGAAGGAGAGAGUUGAAAUGGGGCACCUUUCAUCUUUCACAGCUCUCUGGUCACUUGUUCAAGAGGCUGUCUUACACGAUGAACCAAAUUACUGUAAACUCUCAGAACAACGCGAAGCUUUGAAUGAUGGCCAGAACCCGUUCCCUAUUUAUACUGCCAUAAAUGUCAAAGAAUGCCAUGUGACCACCUUUGAUUUUAGAGAAUGGGUUGAGUUUAAUCCUUAUGAAGUGGGGUUUCAGAAAUAUGGUGCAUAUAUUCGUACAGAAGAUUUUGACAGUGAAUUUUUCAUGGGAAAGAUUGUGAAGAGGAUCCCUGAAUCACGGAUUUGUUAUCUGGAAGGUAUCUGGACUAAUAUUUUCUCUCGGAAUUUGCUGGAUAGUUUGUACUGGUCAUCAACACCAGCAGAAUUUUGGCAACGAUGGGUUGCCAAUAUGGCAGAGAAGCGAUUGGCCGUAGAUGGCAAACCAAGUGGACCUGGAAAUUGUCAUUUGGCAUCACGGCAAUCAUUUGGGCAGAGCUUGGAAAAAUUGCUUUUGUGGAUAAAACAUUAUAAUAAUUCAUCUGAUGGAUAUGCAACUGUCUACAAGCCUCCAUCCUCGGCAACUGGAAAACUGAGUGAAAUCUUUAAUGAUAUUUUAACUGAUCGACCUUUAAAAGGGGCCACUCACAACUUCCUGAGAAGCCUUGACUUGGAGCAAGACUACUUGCAACAGAAAGAAUUUAAUGAAUGGAGAGAUACUGUGCUAGAUGCUUCUCCCAGCCAAUUGACACUCAGGGAUAAAUCCCUCUGCUUAAUAGACAUAGGUUAUUUUCUUAACAACAGUGGCCCACCACUUCUCAAGCCAGAGAGAAAUGUGGAUGUCAUCAUCGCCCUGGAUUAUGAGAUUAGUUCACCCUUCAAGCAAGCAGAGAUGAUGGCCAAGUACUGUGAAGUGCAAGGCAUCCCUUUUCCUAAGGUCCACCUGAGUGAUGAAGAGAAAAAGAACCUCAAGGAAUGCUAUGCUUUCUCAGAUGAAGAGAACCCCAAAGCACCCAUUGUCGUUUGCUUUCCCCUGGUUGACUGCUCCUUCAAGGAGUUCAAGGCACCAGGGGUGAAACGUUCUUCUUCAGAAAAGAGUGAUGGCGAAGUAAACCUGCAGAAAGGCUCGCCUUAUGCAACAAUGCAUUUAACCUAUACCGAAGAAGACUGUGACAAACUAAUAAACCUGAGCACCUAUAACAUUCUCUGUAACAAAGACUGUAUCUUCAAGGCCCUCCUGGGUGCCAUAGAGAAAAAGCAAGGCAUUUGGCCCAGUUCUUAAAAUAUUAGUUUGGCCUAGAGAAUAACUUUUGAGUUGUGGAGAGGACCUCUAACAAAUAGCCAUAAACUCAUGUGUUGUUGGAGGUGAUGUUAUUUAGUCACCAGUGUCCUAUGAAGCUUAUAACAAAUGCUUGUUCCCAUCCUGUUCAGUUUGAGUGGAUGGCUUUUGAAAUGUCAUUUUUUUCCCAAAUGUAUAGCAUUUCACUUCCCACUUCCUAGAACUUUUUUUAUAGGAAAGGAUAUCAUUGCUGCUCAAUAAAAGCUUUUUGCCUGGUAGUAUUAUAAGGUGCUCAUCUGGAAGCACACACAGUUCCUAGGUAGUCAAGACCAAAAGGAACUGAAUUCUCAGGGUUUUAGGUUAGUUUUGGUGGAAGUUUAUCUUAUUGAGACAGCAUUACAUCAUGUUUCUAUGGAAAGGACUCUCCUUGUUGAUGUUAAUAAUUGAAUGUGCCUCAGGGAUUUGUUUGCAAUAUUUCGAAGAUUCAACUUCCUUGAUUCUAACGGAAGUGAAUGAGAUUUCAGUCCACACCAAAGGAAAAUCAUGAAGAAUGGUACUUUCCUGGUUCUAGUCCAGUAAUGAACAAUUGCAUUGUAUCAAUACAUACUCUUUGUUUCCUUUGCAGAAAAUUAUUACCAUUCCAUAUUCAGAACUAUUGUUUGAGAGAAUUGACAAAUUUCAGCUGUGAUUCAAGCAUUGUCAACAAAACUAAUUCUGUUCUAUGAAAUACUGUUUGCAAAAUUUCUUUGUUUGCUUGCCUUGCUUCUGAUCUAUAGUAUGUUGAGAGAUCAAAUUCAAUGAACAGCACAGCUUUUAUUGUUAGUGAUGUCUUCCAUUAACAACUGAAUGUGGCACCACAGAUGUUGUCUCAAUUAACACUAUAUCCUUUUGUCCCUAUGUCAAAAUGAGUUUUGGGAAAACUGAUUCAUGGAAGAAAUUACACCCUGUUGAAACCUAAAGAUUUAUAAUGUGCUUGGAAUGCAGCUCUAAUGUAAUGCAGCACAGUAUGUUAGAAAGGCAUUAAACUGAAGUGGUAAGGAGAUCGGGAUUCAGCAUCACAAGUAAGAAAAACCUGGGGCCUUAAGGAACUUCUUCUGCAUUCAUAACCUAAACUUAUGAAUCUAAAGGUUACUGUUCUCUCCUAAUCUUUUUUCUUAGUAUGGAGAAACUUAGCAUUGGUUAAAACAGCUCUUUGCUUUGCAGGUCUCACACUAGUGGUUUUAAUUAUCCAUCAAUUUGAAAUGUCACCAUCUCCCAAAGUCGGGACUACUAUGUGAACAUUCACAGGGCAGCCUCAUCCUCAAGGAUUGAGCAAUGAGGCUGUUUCAGAGGCAUGCUCACUGGGAAAGGAAAAGAAACAAUAUAAUUAUUGAUAAAAUAAAUGCAACUCACUGGAGUUGUUUGACAGAGAAAAUCUCAAGAAGAAACUGAAAUUGAUGUAGCAACUUAUGUUGAUUAUAUUUGUAAUGAAAAAUACAACUAAUUUAUUUGAUGAAAUAUAUUUUGUAGACUCAGUCUGAAAAUGUUUUGUUUGUUUUGCUGUAUUUAAAUAGAUACAUGAAAAAAAGUUUUCAUUAAUUUAAACUCAAAAUAAAAUCUGGUUACCAUUCCAUAA